GUCAUGUGCCUCCCGGCACCGCGCUUAUCUCUAUAAAAGCCAUCAAGCCCACUUGAUCAACAUAUCACUAUAUCCUCGUCAGACAACAUGCCCACCUUUCCCUAUGUCAUCAUAAACGCAUUCACGCGUACGUCCUUUGGGGGUAAUCCAGCUGUGAUCAUCGCUCUCCCACCAAGCUCUCUUUCCCAACCCCAAACAUUUAGCGAAGAGACUAUGAUUAAGACCAGUCUCGCAUUCGCGCAGCCUAUGUCAAUCUUCCUCUCGCCAUCAUCAGAUGAUUCCACACUCCUUGAUGUCCGCUUCUAUAACGGGACCUUUGCGCCACCCUUCUGCGGACAUGGGAUGUUGGCUGCAGUCAGGGCGCUAUGCACGAACGCUCUGCCAUCCCUUGGUCAAUUUGGUUCAGAAGUGAAGCUGCGCACAAAGGCAGGCACGAUUUUUUCUGCAUGCAGCGUCACAGAGAGUGGGUCUAAUGAGGAAAAGUAUGAGAUCGUGCUGCCCGCAACUACAUUCGUCACGAUUUCGGACGUGGAGAUGGACAGGAUUACAAGUGUAGUCAGUGAAGCCGCUGGUAGGAAUGUACAGGUGGAGUAUGCCGCCGAAGGCGAAGGCAAGAUGGGCAAUCGCAAGUACUUGAUGAUCAUCGUUGGUCCAGAUGAAAACAUAGGAAAUAUGAAACUAGACACCGAUGUUCUGCGCAAAACUUCUUACGGUACCAAUAUUAUCACGAACUUGACGCCUAACGAUGAUCAGGUCUUCGUCUCGCGUGUAUUUGCGCCUGCAGAAGGUAUCCCUGAAGAUCAUGUCUGUGGAAGCGCGCACACGCUGCUCGUACCUUACUGGGCGACUCGACUCGGAAAGAAGAAUCAGGAGGAGAUGUAUGUUCGUCAAGUGAGCACACGUGAAGGAGAGCUGUGGGUGACUUGGGAUCAGGACAAAGGUCUUGUCAGGCUCAAGGGCCACGCGAAGUUUUUCGGAAAAGGCGACUUUACUAUCUAAAUC